GGGACCCGAGCCGCGGCGGCGGGCAGCGCGGCGGACCCAGUACUAUGGCUGUGUACUGCUAUGCCCUCAAUAGCCUGGUGAUCAUGAAUAGCGCCAACCAGGCGACGGGCGGCGGCGGACCCAGGCCCAGCAGCAGCGAGACGCCCCCGCCGGGGAGGGUCGUAUUAAGCCCAGGCAGCGUUUUCAGCCCCGGCAGAGGCACCUCUUUUCUCUUUCCCCCAGCCGAAUCGUUGUCGCCCGAGGAGCCCGGGAGCCCCGGCAGCUGGCGGAGCGGCCGCCGCAGGCUGAACAGUAGCAGCGGCAGCAGCAGCAGCAGCGUGGGCAGCCCGAGUUGGGCGGGUCGCCUGCGAGGGGACGGGCAGCAGGUGGUGACCGCGGGAACCCUCUCCCCUCCAGGGCCGGAGGAGGCCAAGAGGAAGCUGCCGAUCCUGCAGCGCGAGCUGCAGAACGUGCAGGUGAACCAGAAAGUGGACAUGUUCGAGGCGCACAUCCAGGCGCAGAGCUCCGCCGUGCAAGCGCCCCGCAGCCCGCGUUUGGGCAGGGCGCGUUCGCCCUCACCGUGUCCCUCGCGCAGCAGCAGCCAGCCGCCUGGAAGGGUUCUGGCGCCCAGCGAAGAAAGGAGGACGAAGUCCUGGGGCGAGCAAUGUACAGAGACUUCAGCAGCGGACCCUGGGAGGAGAGGCAGGACUCCCAGCCUCUGUGUCUGGAAGGACAAGGAAGGAGAGGCAUCUCUUCCUGGCCUGUGUGCCGGGUCAGCAUUAGAGACGCAAGGGCCAGGCUCCUCUGUGAGAAUGGAGAAGGGAGUCCCUACCAGACCCCGCUGUGGCUCACCUGUAGCUAUGGAAAUUAACAAGCGGGUCUCUCCGUCUUUGGGAACGCGGAGCUGCCAAGCUCCCUCGACCCAGCUGCUUGGAGUGAACUUCACGAAGGCCACAGAAAUGGCACCGAGAACCACGGCUACUGCACCAAACUGUCCACGUGACCCUGCCUUCGUUGAGUGGUCUGAGAGGGCCCCCGAGCUUGAAAGUGCAAACCCUGGGGAGAAUCGGGGGAUAUCUGUGGGCAGUGAGACAAGCCCAACCCCCGACAGGGUCAGGUCCCUCAGUGGAGAGCCCCCUGGAAAGGUGGGGAAAGGAAGUGUGUCCUCUGGCAUGCCGGGCUCUAGGGAACAGAAAGCAGAUGAAAGUCCAGAGGUGAUGACUGUGAAUGUGGAGGAGCCCUCUGGGGCCCCUAGCUGCUUCAGACCCCCAGGAGACCUGGGCUCCACAGAUAGGGAGGUGACCCAGAGUGGGGCCCUAGUGGCGGUGGGGCUCUCACAGUGCUCCAACAGAGUGCAGGAAGGGUCCCCAGCGCUGGGUUUGUUUGGGGGCAGCCAGGCAUCACAGCGAGGAGUCCAAGAGAUGGAGACAGAAAUUCCCUCUGGUGGAAUACUGGAGCCUUUGCCCUGUUGGAAAACAGCAAAAGAUAUGAAAGAAUCUCAGUGCCUUCCUGGGGACAGGGUAGAUGUGCAGCCUGGGAAUUCCAGGGCUUGGCUGCGUCCCAUGGAGGAAGCCAGUCUGACCUGGACGUGUGGCAGCGGGGUGCAGUUGGAGGGAACUUGGGAAAACCAGCCACAGGUCAGAGACGCUCAUACCAAGCCAGAGCUGCUCUCUGCAGAUCAGCAGGACAAGCCUUCCCUGGGAGAGGUCCGCAGCCACAGCAAUAUACCGGCUGUCAUCAUUACAGACAUGGGUGCCCCAGAGGACGGGGUCUUGGAGGAGCCACAGGGAAGCCCUCUGGGCAGCUUGCCCCUGAGAAAGCUGUCCUCCUCCUCAGCUUCUUCCACUGGCUUCUCCUCCUCCUAUGAGGACUCCGAGGAGGACAUCUCCAGCGAUCCUGAGCGCUCCCUGGACCCCAACUCGGCCUUCCUACAUACUCUGGACCAACAGAAACCCCGAGUGAGCAAGUCAUGGAGGAAAAUAAAAAACAUGGUGCACUGGUCUCCCUUUGUCAUGUCCUUCAAGAAGAAGUACCCCUGGAUCCAGCUGGCAGGACAUGCAGGGAGUUUCAAGGCGGCCGCCAACGGCAGGAUCCUGAAGAAGCACUGUGAGUCUGAGCAGCGCUGCCUGGACCGGCUGAUGGCCGAUGUGCUGAGGCCCUUCGUGCCCGCCUACCAUGGCGACGUGGUGAAGGAUGGGGAGCGCUACAACCAGAUGGACGACCUGCUGGCCGACUUCGACUCGCCUUGUGUGAUGGACUGCAAGAUGGGCGUCAGGACCUACCUGGAGGAGGAGCUCACCAAGGCCCGCAAGAAGCCCAGCCUCCGGAAGGACAUGUACCAGAAGAUGAUUGAGGUGGAUCCUGAGGCCCCGACCGAGGAGGAGAAAGCCCAGCGGGCAGUGACCAAGCCUCGGUACAUGCAGUGGAGGGAGACCAUCAGUUCCACGGCCACCCUGGGGUUCAGGAUCGAGGGCAUCAAGAAGGAAGAUGGCUCUGUGAACAGAGACUUCAAGAAAACCAAAACGAGGGAACAGGUCACCGAGGCCUUCAGAGAGUUCACUAAAGACAAUCAGAACAUCCUGAUCGCCUACCGGGACCGGCUGAAGGACAUUCGCGCCACCCUAGAAAUUUCUCCCUUCUUCAAGUGUCACGAGGUCAUCGGCAGCUCACUCCUCUUCAUCCACGACAAGAAGGAGCAGGCCAAGGUGUGGAUGAUCGACUUUGGGAAAACCACACCCCUGCCCCAAGGCCAGACUCUGCAGCAUGACGUCCCCUGGCAGGAAGGGAACCGGGAGGAUGGCUACCUCUCGGGCCUGAACAACCUCAUAGACAUCCUGACGGAAAUGUGCUCUGGCACCCCGCCCGCCUGAGGCGGCCCCGCACUCCCCCCCUCUCCCCAACUCCCGGCCUCCUUUCCUCUGUCUUUGCUUCCCUUCUCUUUCUUAAUUUUUUCCUGCACUUCUACCUGGUUCAAGCCCCAGAACUGACCCUCCCAAACUGCACUACAAGACACUUUGUAGAAGAGACAAGAUUUGCAGCUACUUUCCUGAUUGAAGGCCCCAGUGGUGGGACUUCACUUCUCUUUGUGACUAGGAUCUUGCUGGAAGAGAAAUGUCCCGGCUCUGCUGCUGGGAGUGUGGGCAGGGGUGAAAGUGAGGGCCUACAGAGGCUGCUCCUCUUGCCUCCAGGUACCAUGAGGCCGCUUCCCACCCUGCAUACCUGGGCUUCUUUCAUCAGGUCCAGAGCCCCCAGCAGUUACAGGCAGGGCUUCAGGCCAGUGCCAGGUCGGGUCAGAUCUGUUGGGCUUAGAUCUGGAGAAAGGUGCAGGUGGCCACGGAGUUCCAGGCUACAGAGAGGGACCCUAAUAGCCGAGCCCACACCCUCUUGACUGGCUAUCCGUGGGGGUCUGCUGCCCCCUGGUGGCAGGUUCCAUUAUCACCGCUGCCAAGCACAGCCCAUUUCUGCCCCAUCCUCCAAGCCUGGGUUGGGGGCCCUGGAGGGCGGGGUAAGAACCCCAUGUGUCUGAAGGUGCCAGGCUUGCUGGUAGUUGGGGCACAAACCCACUGUGAACCAUAUGUCUACCAUGAGUAAAGUACCCUCUGCUUUGCAGCCCCAGGGCUUCCUUUGUAGGAUUUCUAAAGUCCCACCCAUCUGGUAUCAAAACUUUAGCUUUGGGCCAGACCCAAGAGCCAGAAAAGGUCUGGAGCCAACUUGGCUGUGCUACAGGAGGGGGCAGGCAGUAGCUGUCUUCCUCCUCUGUAUUAUCACCCAUUAAUUAAGAGGGAGACUAGUAAACCUAAACUUCCAGAGAUGGCCUCCUCCUCACCCCCCUACUCUCCCACCCCCUAAAGCCACUUGUGCCUCCCACUCCCAGCCUUGCUUUGGCAAGUCCAGGGGCCUAGGCAGUGUGGACCAGGGCAUAGCCAACACCAGCAGAAAGUAAGUCCCUACAGAGGUUGCUCCUCUGGCUCCCAGGUACAAUGAGGCCCCCCCUGCACACCUGGACUUCUGUCAUCAUGUCCAGAGCCCCCAGCAGUCACAGGCAGGGCUUCAGGCUAGUGUCUUUAGUUCCCCCUGAAAUGUCUUAAGUCUGAAGGGCGUAGACCCGUGUUUCCCAAACAUGGUAGUGUCUUUAGUUCCCCCUGAAAUGUCUUAAGUCUGAAGGGCGUAGACCCGUGUUUCCCAAACAUGGUAGGUAGCUUCCAGGUGUGUGGUGGGUGUCAGGGAUGUUACAGGCAUCUCUAGCUGGAGCCUCUAGAUUGCUGUGGGGGCAUUGUGGAGAACCAGUUAUUAGCCCUAUUUUAAUUGUGAAACAAGUCUAUGUUAUUGAGAAGAAUGUAUAAUUUGCAUGACUUUUUAGAGCAAAACCCACGGCUCAAUGACCAUUUGGAGCUGUGCCCCCAGUAGCUCCCCUUUGCUGUGGGGGUUAUAGGCAUGGUUGGAGAACUGGGCUGCUCCCCAGCCAGCAGGCCCUGGGGUGCAUUGCUCCAAGGAAGCUGCUGUGGAACAUGGCAGAGAGAGUGCCCCCAGGUGUGGCCUGGAGAGGCCAGUCUGGAGGUGGGGAUUCCUGGGCCGCCCCCUGUCACAGUAGGGCCUGGGAGUGGGGGGGCUGUCAGCUCACCCACGUGACGUUUCCGUUUCCCCUUUCACACACUGAGUGAGUGACUGUUGGUGGGGGUGGAGGGUGGGACCCAUGAGGAUGUAUAAGUACAGAUUUUUUAAAAGGAAAUCACUUUGAAACUUCCUGGCUCUUGUUCAAAACAGCAGUGAGCUCCUGUGUAGGCUGACUUGCUAAAGGUCACGCCCCCGCCCAGCAUUGGAGACCUUAUGACUGCAGAAGUCCCUGAGGGAUCACAGCCAGCCUGGGGCUCUGGGCUGUAGUUACCUGUGAGUUGGAGGGCCGCAGUGGCCUGUGCUUCAGCUGUCUGCAGGAAAGCGUAUCAUUAAUUCAGACAUAAAGAUCCUACAACGAUGGGCUGGCCGAAAGUGAUCAUUCUCUUUCUAUCUGUGAAAAAGGUUCAUUAAUGCUAGGAACAAAAAUUACAGGGGACCAGCUUAGUCUCCUAAGAGAACAAACUUUCCAAGCACUUUAAGCUGGCACCAGUUGUUUGCAAACAGUGUGCUAAUAUAUUAGCAAAUGAGUUGCUUACUCAAGGAGGCCCAGGAGGCUCUAGCAGCAGGACUUUGCGGUUUCCUGAAUAUGUGAAAGCAUCUUUUUAGGGUCAUUGUGUGACUUAGGGGCUUGGGGUGGGGUUUGUAUUUACCAUGCUAAUUUCCCUCUUCUAGGCUUGCUCUCUCUCAACUCCUCGCCUUCGUCCUCCCACUGCUUUUCCUAGUGGGAUAAAUGGGUCUUGAAUGGAAUGUCCCAGAACCCCUGCCCAGGUGGUCCAGAAGACCUCCUCACCUACCCAGCUCCCAGCAGGGACUGCUUGUGUCCUGGCUGUGCAGGUGUCAGGAGGGUAGGGCAUGCUAUGCACACCUGCAUACAGGUGAGGGAGCCCCCUUCCUUUGCUGAAGUGAGGACGGGGCCCUAGGGGGUUCUUGGUGUUCAGCACUGCUUAGCAUUCAAGGAGGUUUCUCAGCUGUGAGUCCUAAACUUGCUUUUAGUGUCAUGUAAGACGUUUUUAAGUUAUAUUUAUUUUGUUGGUUUUUUAAAAUUGCACAAAACACUAAGGCUGAAAGGCUAGAUUUUGUUCAUAAAACUUUGCCUUCGGUAUGGACUUUCUUUCCGACUUUGCCUUCUUUAUGGACUUUCUUUCCUGUUUGGUGGGACGAGCUUGGAAGCAGCCCUGGCUCCCGGAGAUGGACUCUUUUCUCCCUGAACUAUAUUUAGCUUUGAGUUCCUCCGCAUCCGGUCAAGCCCAAGUGUGUCUUACCAGGUGCCUGGUUUGGGAAGGGCCCCAGACUGGGGAAGAAGCAGGGUGGCCACCCCCCGCCAGUGCCUUUUUUUCUGGAGAAGACUCUCGGAGGGUUCUUCCUCCCUCUAUACCCCUUUCCCCCUGACAACAUGGAGAAAACUGAACUGUUACUAUCACACCCUCCCCGCCGCACGGUGCCUGUUGACUGCAGAUGCUUUCUAUCUUCCUAAAUAAAGACCCUGGGGACCACAGAAUGUCUGCGGUGUGAUGCUUCUGACCCAAGCCUGGGAGCCGUGUCUGAAGGGUGGUGGGGGGAGUCUUUGGAAGCUGGAGGUUUACAUCGUUAGGUUAUAGUUAUGAUGACCCCCUG